UAUUGUUAAAGAGCAGAUUGAAUUAUGAAUUUAGUUUGGUGUGAGAUAAGAUCAAAGGACACGGCUUUACAUACAUGAUCAUUGAACCCUCUCCACUCUCAUUCGAAUGAACCGCCAUCGCCAUGUCUUUCUCAUGCCUCUCUGCUCUCAACAUCACACUUCUGCUUCUCCUCGUUGCGGCUAUUCUUGUUGCUUGUUUCACUCUCCCAGUUGACAAGAUUUUGAAGGACUUAUUGGAAUGGAUUGAUCGUAAUUUUGGGCCAUGGGGUCCACUUGCUCUGAUAGUUGCUUACAUCCCUUUGACUGUGUUGGCAGUUCCUGCCGCUGUACUUACUCUUGGUGGUGGUUAUCUAUUCGGCCUUCCAAUCGGCUUCAUUGCUGACUCUGUUGGUGCAACAGUUGGUGCUGUAGCUGCAUUUCUUCUUGGUAAAACUAUUGCGAAAUCACUUGUUGUUUCUAGGUUGAAGGAUUAUCCACGGUUUAGAUUAGUAACAAUUGCAAUUCAGAGAUCUGGCUUUAAGAUUUCACUACUCCUUCGGCUUGCUCCAUUUGUACCAUUUAGCCUCCUAAAUUACCUCCUGUCUGUAACUCCUGUUCCAUUAGGGGAAUACACGCUGGCUUCCUGGUUAGGAAUGAUGCCAUUGACACUGGCACUUGUAUAUGUUGGAACUACACUCAAGGAUCUAUCAGAUGUGACACGUGGUUGGAGCGAGUUCUCAAAGACUCAUUUGCCUUUGAUCAUUUCUGGCCUGGUGAUAUCUGUGGUUCUAAUGAUAUGGGUUACUAAAGUUGCCCAGGCUGCUUUAGAUAAAUCCUUGGCUGAAUGUGAAGAUAUGGAUGGCACUGCAUCUUCACCAGAGCUACCAAUUGUCACUGAACCUUCAGUAGAUCUAAAUCAGCCUCUCAUAAUUAAGACAGACCAGGAUGAAGACAAUCACGAAAAGUAAAAUCCAGAGUGUAAAUUCUUCUCUCCCCCUCCCCCCCUCUUUUUUUUUUUUUUUUUUUUCCUUAAAGCAGAUAGGGUUACUAUUUUUUAAUUUUUUUUAAGCAGUAGCUGCUAGCUGCUGCUUAUUUUUACAGUUUGGCAUUAUAAAUGUAGCUGUGACAAUGGUUAAUCA